CGGUAAGGUAAUCCCACAGUACUCUGUGUGUUGGAGCAAACAUAAGGUAUUCCAAGAUUACAUAAUUUGCCGAUCUGGGAAAUGGCACACAGACAGCUCUUCAGAACCUUCUUUAUCUCUUGCGACCUGCACACAUCAAAAGAGCCGGAACCAUCUGCGAAGAGCAUCUCAUCGAACUUCCAACACGAUCUAGGCCUUUCAAAAACUACUUGCAAGCAUGGCUAAGAACUCCAAGAAGUCUUCGGGUGCCCCCAGAGACGAUAGAUUUGCUGCUUCUGCGCAUGAUCCUCGAUUUAUCGUGCCCAGCACGAAGAAAAAUAAAGUCAAGGUCGACGACAGAUUCUCGAAGGAAGAGUUGAGAAAACUCAAUGUUACUGCCACAGGCAAAAAAGCUCAGGUAGACAGGUACGGCAGAAGAAUUAAGAGUGAUGAUGAUGGCAGCUUUGAGAAAUACUUUGAGGAAGAAAAAGUCGAGUCAGAGCCGGAAACUCACGCCAAAUCCGGCAGCGAGUCUGAGCUGGAAUCUCAAGCUGAUUCAGAGGACAGUUCUGAUGAAGAGGAGGACAAGCAAGAAAAGCCCUCAAAAUCCAAGAAGUCAGUACAGUUCAGGGACGAUCCUAAACAGUCUAUACAGGAAUCUGAUGACCUGGAAGAAGAAGCUGGGUUUGUAGAUCGUGCCAGAGGCGAGGGCUUGCAGUCAGAUUCAGAAUCAGAGAUCUCAGAGUCCGAGUCCGAGUCCGAGUCCGAGUCCGAGGUAGAAGCCGAGGAAGCCAAGCCCGAGGAGGGGGAGCCCAGCGCCACUUUUGCUGUGGUCAAUUUGGACUGGGACAACGUGCGGGCCGUCGACUUGAUGUCGACCUUUGCAUCCUUUGUGCCCAAAGGUGGGAACAUCAAAUCUGUCACGAUAUAUCCAUCAGAGUAUGGAAAGGAGCAAAUGCAGCGGGAGGAAACCGAGGGACCUCCAAAAGACCUUUUUAAGCCCAAGUCCAAGAAAAGAGACGAGGACUCGGAUUCUGACGAAGAGCUCGACUUGACAAACAAAGAAGACUUAGAAAAAGCUGCAAGAAAAUUGUACGAAGAAGACGACGGGCAGCAAGAUUACGACUCCAAGGCAUUGCGCCGGUACCAGCUACAGAGAUUGCGGUACUACUAUGCGGUGGUCCAAUGUGACUCUGUGGCCACGUCUGAAUCCAUAUAUAAAAACUGUGAUGGAUCCGAAUACGAGUCUACCGCCAACAUUUUUGACUUGCGUUAUGUGCCUGAGGGCAUGGAGUUUGCUGACCAUGAGGCCAAGGAAACGUGCACAAAAAUCCCGUCCUCUUACAGGCCGGACUCAAGUUUUGUCACAGACGCUUUACAGCAUUCGAAAGUGAAGCUUACAUGGGAUGAGACACCGAAGGAGAGAACGUCGCUUUCGACCCGUCUGUUCUCUCAAAAGGAAAUUGACGACAUGGACUUCAAGGCUUACUUGGCUUCCGACUCAGAUGGCAGCGACAACGACGCGCCCGACUUGAAGAGCAAAUAUAAGAACUUGCUCGGAGGCAGAUUUUCUGAAAAGGAGGGUGAUGAUGACAGCGACGGGGAGGUGGACAUGGAAAUCACGUUCAACCCAGGACUUGGUGAAGGCGCAGAGAAGGCCAAGAAAGAGGUCGCCCAGCCUUCUGAGGAGACUACCAUUCAGGCGUACAAGAGAAAAGAGAAGGAGCGCCGCCAAAAGAGAGCCGAGAAGUUUAAGAGCAAGGUCGAGGAGGAGGAUGAAGAAAAGACUGUUGUUCCUGGGAAGAAAAACAAGAAGACCAAGGGCAGAGACAAGAAAGACGCCGAGGACGAGAAGAGUAAGGCGGAGUUGGAGUUGCUCAUGUUGAAUGAGGAGGACCAGAACCAGGCCGAGCAUUUUAGUAUGAGGGACAUCAUCAAGGCUGAGAAGAGCAAGAAGCACAAGAAGAAGGGCAAGAAGAACUUCGACGACAACCUCGUGCAGGAUAAUUUCCAGGCUGACUUGAACGACGACAGAUUUAAAGAGGUGUUUGAAAACCACGAGUUUGCCAUUGAUCCCACCAGCAGUGAGUUCAAAAAGACUAACACCAUGAAGCAGAUUUUGAAUGAGAGAGGAAAGAGACUGCGUAGAGAAGACAGAGAGGGUUCCAAGAAGAGAAAGACAGAAACAAAAGAUGACGGGAGCUCAUUGGACAAUUUGGUGAAAAAGUUGAAGCAUAAAAAGUAGAUAUCAGGGCAUUGAAAUUGACAGCGAUUUUAUUUAAUACAUAAGUCUGGGCUGUAGACUAAUUUCCAGAAUUGAGAUUGACA